CCCCCCGCCGCAGAGCGCGCGCGCGACAACCCCGGCCGCAACCGACGCGGUCCCGUGGAGUCUCAGGAGCACGCACGGAGGAGGCGUGCGAGCUCAGCCACGAACGCCUCUUUGCGACGCCUCUCUGCUGCAAGGAGGGCUGCGAGCGAACCGUCGAGCGAGCAGAGUCCAGCGAAACGCGCAGCGUUCGCGGAGGGGAAGGCACCACGAUGCAUACCCAGCGAGCCGUGAUCCUGCUGCUGCUGCUGCUGCUGCUUGUGGCGUGCUUGCCAUGCACGGUUCACAGCCGCUCCGGGGCUCCGGGUCUUGCCUGGCACCUCCAUCGUGGACGCACUCCGCUCUUCCUGCCCACGCCGAACCAGCCACCCUCGUCCUCCUCUUCCAGCCACUCCUCGUCAUCGUCGUCCUUUCCCCGAGAGCUGGCGGCCGUGCUGGUGGCGCUAAGCAUGGCCAGCAGGGAUGCCCGUGCUGUCCUGCCGGCGUCCGAGUCGCUCUCCUCGUCGCCGUCAGCGGUGGAAGAGGUGGACGAGGCGGCGGAGCGCGAAGACGGGGAGAUGACGAGGAGGAGAGAAAUGAGGGCGGAGGAACCGCCGCUGUCCCUGGACCUCACCUUUCACAUUCUUCGCGAGAUGCUGCAGAUGGCCAGGGUCGAGAAGCUGUCGAAUCAGGCGGACUUCAACCGCAAGAUGAUGGAAAACGUCGGCAAAUAGUGGCGGGGCUGCUGGAUCAAAUGUAUCUCUCUCUCACUCACUCACCCUGCUACCACCAUUCGCACCUCUUUCCCACUCUCACUUGUAGGCUUCUGAUGUGCGACUUCUCCCUCCACGUGUACAUUUAUCACGAGGGGGCAUCACGCCGCGCUUUGCCCUCGCUUGAACGUCGGCCACCGUUGUGUUUGUGAUCUUGCCCUUGACAUCGGGUUACCCGGUAGCAUCGGUUUUUAAAAGUGGCCAUUGCCUGCUGAUGAGAAUCAGUGAUGUUGAAAGCAGUCCAGGGUUUGUCUUGUUUGAACAAACUCUGCUUGAUUCGACACACACCCAGUGGGUGUUCGGUCGAAUGCUAUUUGAUUUCACUGAUUAAAUAUAACCCAUUUCCAGUCUAUUGAUUUAAUAUAUCUCGUGUAGAUGUACAUUUACAUGCCAGCU